GCCACACAGGGAAAAACGAGACAGAAGUGUGUAAGACCUUAGGAAGAGCUUCUUAGUAUGAAGCAGAAGAGGGUCUGUGGAACUCCUUGCCACUAGAUGCGGUGAUGGGAGGGGGUGGUUUUGAGAAAGGAGCAGGUUGUGCUUCGUUAAAGAUAAAUGCGUCUGCCUGUCCCUUGUAAUCCUGGAGGUGGGCUGCCUCCCCCUAUGGAGUCGCCAGGACUGGCAGAGGAACAGAAGAAGUCCGGUCUGGAUGAUGAGUUUCCCAGCAGUUAGUUAAUUGUUGUGCGGCUUUGGUGUGUCAGGUAAUUUCACUGAGCCCGCAGGCCAGCAUUCUAGCAACCAUCUUCCGUGUGGAGAACAACAUCACUGGUUCCCAGCUGCAUCUUUCGCAAGACUUCUUUCCCUGUUUGAAAGAGCGCAGCAUGCCUGUCCUCUGGAGGGGCCGCUGCGGAGACUGCUGUUGUUCCCAUCCUCGGAACCCAAGCAGAGAUGGAGUAGUAGCGAUAUCAUUACUCUUCAGGCCUGCUGCAAUUCAUGGGCCGAAAUAGCCAACCUGAGAUAUCUACUAUUGUGCCAAGGAAGGAUCAAAUCCAAGGAUGGAAGUUCAAAUUAUGUACAGGGGUUUUCCAGGGCCCAGACGUGUGCUGUCGUGAGCAUGACCGGUGUGAUGCUCACAUCUCCCCUCUGGGAUUCAAGUACGGCAUCCGUAACUACCGCCUGCACACCAUUUCUCACUGCGGCUGUGAUAACAGGUUCAGAGAUUGCUUGAGGAACCUCAAUGACACCAUCUCCAACUUCAUUGGGACCAGCUUCUUCAACUUGCUGGAAGUCCCAUGCUUCAACCUGGAAGAGAGCGAGGAGUGCCUUGAAUGGCACUGGUGGGGCGGGUGUAAGAGGUACGGCCCAAUGCCGCUGGCUCACUUGGUGGAUCCAAGCCCAUAUCACCCCAUUGAGAACCCCAACACUAGCACAUCUCCCCAGCCUGGAAAGCAUCGAGGUAGGGAGCAGAAGCCCAGGUGGAAGGGCAGAAAGGGGCGGAGGAAGCAGGCCAAGGAGACAAAGGAAUGGCCGCCCAAGGCUCAGGAUCCCAUUGCCCCACUGACCCCGGUCUCCAAGCCUGGUCAAGCCACACCCAUCCCAGGAACAAGCAGCUCAGGUGAGCGAACCACGCCAUGGUCACCUGCCCUCAGAGCUACGUUGGAGCCUGGUCCUCUGAAGAUGGAUGGCGAGGUUCUUGCUACGCUCCACCCUGUCGUCCUUCCCGUGGAGGAAGGCUUGUCCAACGAGACUUGGCAGGGAGCAAAGCCCUUCUCUGGCCCUGCAGAACAUGGUCAUGCUUCCAAGCCAAGAUCAGCCCUAUCACGGAGAUGCCGCUGCUACCAACGGCUGGAUCAGUGCCCCUUCAAAAUUGCCCCCAGUGAGUUCAAGUACCAGCUCCACAAUUCAGAUGACCGCACCCUCUUCCACUGUAACUGCACCCGUCGGCUGGCCCGGUUCCUGCGCAGGAGGAAGGGUCCCAACGAGGUGGAGGAGGAAGUCCUGUCUCACUACAUCUCCCCCUCCUGUUUUGUUCUGGAAACCCUCCCAGGUUGUAUGACGGGAGAGGAAGGCUGGCCCAACUGCAUCGGCAUUGGCAAAGCCAUCCUGGCUCCGGCUCGUCACCUCACCAACCGGUUGGGUGGCAAACAGGCGGGAGCCUCUUUCAAAGUGAAGCGCCAAGAACGGGCAUCCCUUGGGGGAGCCACCCAGCUGUUUGACAAGUGUGUGCGGCUGGUGCGAGCCACCCUCUCCCCGGUGCCACCCUGAGCAAGGGCAGCCUUUGCCCCCGCGCGCACGAGAGAGGGCCGAGCCCGGGAAGAGCACGCAGCGAAGCUGGGCCGUCCCGUAUGGGGGGAGCCUCUUCCCUGCCUUUUGAGCAGGUGCACAGCGUGGAAGACACAACUGCUGGUACGAACAGGAAGAGGACAUCCUCCGGAGACCCUCCGUUCUGCAAGGCCGGCCAGCCACCGUCUGCUGCAAGGAGCUUAGUGUCAGCACACACUGGACUCGCAAACUCUGGGCGACUGGUGCUUUGAAGCUGGAUGGGGCCGAGCCCAGAGCAAAGGGGUGGGGAGAGGUGGGGCAGCCGUUCCAGGCCUCGCCUCUCCAAGCGCUUGUCCUGAGAACCCCCUCUUGCGGCUGGAGGCAGGGCUCGUCCUUUGCCCCCCGCCCCCCAUGCACCUGUGCCCUCCUUGCAAGGAGGGCGGGGGAAGCCUGUAAUUUAUUAGGGGAGGGAAAGUACUGUGGGGCUAUGAAUAAAUGUUUUCCAA